CUGUGUCGCCCCGGGUCCGCCACACCGAGUCGCCGGGAUCGCGUCAGUGUCCACCCAGCCUCGCUGCUGCUCGGCGGCGUCGCCGUCCGCCCACGCGUCCGUCUCAAGUCGCGCUUCUGCCGCGACGGAACACGCGUUGCGGAGGAGGUCCACGCGCGCCAAACCGUACACACUGCCCACGACCCGCGCACGGGUCGAUAGCACGGAAAACUCAAACUUCGGGUACGUUGCACCUGUCCCGGGAAAAAUCAGAGGAUCCUUCGCGCCUGUAAUCUCCUCGCAUUUUCGAUAGUGUUGCUCGCGGAAUUUUCAUCGACCAACGAUUUUAAGGACCAAUCGAUCCUCUGUGAUAUUUUGACGAAUAAUUUCACGAGAAAAUUCAACAUCAAAGGGCGCAAUUCACGUUUCUAACGCAGACACCAAGCUGGGACCAAGCAACAGCUUUUCGCGCGAAAUCAUUCGAGAGAGAUGUUCAGUCUCAGUCUCUAUCAGAGCCUAAACAGGAGGGACGACAGCGAUGGGCAGCGAAAUCGCGAGUCGGAGGUGACAGGCCACGAUCGAUUCUGUCAGCAUCGUACCGGUCACUCGAGCACUCGUCGCCGUCGUCGCGCUGUCAAUCGCAGAACGCAAAGCGCCACUGAAUUAAAUGCCAGAGCGAUGAGUUCGGCUCGAGGUUCGCUACGACGAGGUCGCAGCGUGAGCACGGAGGAUGAAAACGAGAGCGAGGAUGACAAAGGUCAUCAUCAGCUGGCGAACAAGCUUGACAAUCUGGCGCGGCUACUCUUCAGCCGCGUGUCGGCGGCGCGAGGAUACAAGGAUCAAGGUGAUAUUAAGAAUGGACGUUACACGGCGCUAAACAAUGGGUCGAAAUCCAUCAACGAGAACGGAAUCGAGUAUAUCGAAAUGGAGAAGAAAUCGCGCGAUCGCGCUUUAUCUAUCUGUCAGGAUUACAUCGAUAAAACACCGCGUUUUGUUCUUGUUAAGCAGCUCAAUAAUAUCGGAUCAAGAGUGGACAAAUAUUGGUUCAUGGUGAGGGACACGUCGCUGAAGACAGACAGAUUGUUAACUUUGGUGCCAUUGAACCGGAACUGCCCCUUGUCCGUCUGUCCCUCAACUAAGGAUAUUUUGAACAACUUGUUUUUGGCUUUACAACAUCCUUACAUUUGUCCUGUUUUUCAUGUCGAUUUUCUCGAAUACGAGGACCAAACAUACAUUGUUUUGGUGCAACCUAUCAACCAGGGUAGUCUCAAAGAUCUAAUAUAUGGCAUCGAACGAAAUUGUUGGAAUGAAGAGUGGAUUCAUAAAUAUGCCGCGCGGGGCAAAGGACUCACAUUACCGCAGGUGCAACGGAUGGGACGACAGAUUUUGGAAGCGCUCGUGUUCCUGAAGGAACGAGGAUUUCCCACAGUGACUCAUCUCCAUUCGGGCAAUGUGGUAAUUCAGAACGGCGUUGCAAGACUGGCCGGUCUGGAGAAUAAUCUCCUAGGUUUUACCAGUCGAAUACAUCCCAUCGUAACGUCCCGAUUGACGCAUUCCACCUCGAUUGACAUUAUAUGUUUCGGGCAUAUGCUAUUCGAGAUGUGUGCCGGUUAUGAAUUAUGUACCUUUAGACCAUCUGCCGUCCAAUUAUCAGACAUCCAAAUGUAUCCGCAGGUUCUGAGAUUUCUCGAAUUGAUAUUCACGGAAUCGGAGCAUCAUUUUACUAGCAUAGAGGAAUUGUUGAUCCACGAUCUUUUCAGGAAUAUUGAUCUCCGUGAAAUGCGAUGCGCGGCCGUAACUGUAUUUCGUCCGACCCUGACGCCCUCCAUAAUGAGCCUGCUCGAUGAUAUUAAAAGGCAAGACGCUGGAAAAGGAAUUAUAAAUAUCGACAAUGAGGACGCUAUAUCACUGAACAGCUUUGAAUACGACGAUUCCUUACUCACGCAGAUAUACAACGAGCUUUCACAAACAGCUUUAUAAUAUGGGAACAAAGUCUACACACAUAUAUGUAUAUGUAUAUUUUAUCUCGAAUAAGAAUGCACUUCCUAUUAUAUAUACUUGCAAAGCGUCAAGGAACUGAUUAUAUAUUAUAUAUAAUCGCUAAUUUUAUUAAAGUGCUUAUUUAAAGAGAUUUAUACAGAGUUUGAUGAUGUAAAUUUGAUUUACGUGCUUUCUUCGUGUUUCUUCGGUUCAAAUAAAAAAAUUGUAAGUUAUU